AUGGUCAUGCUAUACAAGACUGCACGACCCAUGCCCACCACAUCGCCAGCCCAAGACAUGAGCAACAUGUCUUCUCUAACAGCCCAACUUCGGCGUCGCCCCAGCCCGGCCAUGGUACAGACAAAUGUCCAGCCUCAACACUCCAACUCGGUACCCAUCUCUGCUAUAAGCACCUCCUCCGUCGCCUCCUCCUCGCGCCAGGCCUCGCCCGUCAUGUCGCCUGACACGGCUGUUCUCACCACCAAUUCCUCACUCCAGGCCUCACCCGACGCAUAUCGCCCUCGUCCCGACGACGACGUCUGCCCUCCCAACUUUCAGCUGCCCGAGUCCAUAGUCUCCCGGAAGACGAGCGUCAACUCCCUGGCCCAGAGCUGGACCGGCAAUGGAAGCCCGCUGACUGAAAUGACCAGCAACGGUCCCGCCUCGCCCAUCCCUACCCCCUCCAAUAAAAGCAACCUCAUCCGCCGCCUAUCCAGCCGCGCAUCUCGCAGCAUUACCAGCCGCAGGAGACAAUCCUCUGCUGCCCCCUCGGGUCGCGACAGCAGCGUUGGUCCCUGCUUCCUACGACGACGCUCCGACAGCAACACCGGCGCGCCUCCCGACUUUGCUCCCGCCCACACCGACUCCGAAUCCGACUUUGACGACAGAGAUGAGUUUGGCUCUCUGCGCUCCAACAAAUUUAUGCUCGACGGUACUGUCCGCGAUGCUCCCAAACCUCCUGCCCGUAACGCCACAUCGCCUGUCGGCGGCAGCUCCACCACCAUGGCCGGUCCGGUGAUUCCUCUGCAGCUCCAACAAGGCAUCUGGCUUCGCAAGAUUUCCAAAAAGAGCCGCUCCAAGAGGAUACGCCUGCAAUACGACCCAGACUCUAACAAGCUCGUCUGGGACAAGGCCCGUCCCCAAAAGUCGCUUCACGUCGACGAAAUCCGCGAAAUCCGCACCGGCUCCGACAUCCAGCAGUAUGGCCGUGACUUCAAGAUUCCCGAGACGGAACGCUCCACCUGGUUCUCUAUCCUCUACUCUGUUCCUGAGCGCUCCAAGUCCAAGUUUAUGCAUCUUAUUGCCGAUGACACUGAAGCUUGCAACAUUUGGACAACAUUUUUGCAUGCCAUGCUGCGCCAUCGCCAGGAAGUCAUGACCUCGCUCAUGUCAUUUAACGACAGGGCCAUUGCCCAGUACUGGCAGACCGAAAUGGCCAAACAGCCCGACUCUGGCGGUGCUUCCGAGGAGCUCGAUCUCGCCGGUGUUAUGCGCGUCUGCCAAAACCUUCACAUCUACUCGUCACACAUUAUUGUCCAGGCAAACUUUCGCAUAGCCGACGCCCGUAGCCGCGAGCGUCUCAACUUCGGCGAGUUUCUCGAGUUUGUCCGCCUUAUGAAGCAGCGCAAGGACAUUCGGUACAUCAUGCACUGCAACGCGGUCAAUCCCGAGAUGGGCAUGACUCUAGCCGAGUUUCUUGGCUUCCUCCGCAACGUGCAGGGUGAGGAAGUUGAUAGUAAUCGCGCUGCCUGGGAAAAGUCUUUCCUUCGACAUGCCCGCAAGUAUCGCCCGGAAGGCACCCCUGAGGGCACCGAAGAGGUCAUGUCCGAGGACGCUUUUGUAGCUUUUCUCAGCUCCAGGCAUAACACGCCUGUCGCCGAUGAGCCCCAAGAUUACACGCUGGAUCGCCCCAUGAAUGAGUACUUCAUCUCGAGCUCCCACAACACAUAUCUGCUCGGCCGUCAAGUCGCCGGUAGAUCUAGCAUCGAGGGCUACAUCUCGGCGCUCGUGCGCGGCUGCCGUUGUGUGGAGGUCGACUGCUGGGACGGCCCCGAUGGGCAACCUCAGGUUGUCCACGGCCGCACCCUCACCACUUCCAUCAGCUUCACAGAAGUCAUGACCACCAUCAACAAGUACGCCUUCGUCAAGUCCAACUUUCCCUUGUGGAUAUCCCUCGAAGUACACUGCAACGCCAUGCAGCAAGCCAUCAUGGCUGAGACUAUCAAAGAAGCCUUUGGCGCUCGCCUCGUCACCGAGCCUCUCGACCCCUCCUCCAACAAGCUGCCCUCGCCCUCGGAGCUCAUGGGUCGCAUUCUUAUCAAAGUCAAGGAGCCCCGCAUGCAAGACGACAGCAACAUGAACAGUGCCUCUGUCAUUGCCCAGGCCGCACGUGGCCGUGGCAAUAGUGUCGGCUCCGCUGGUCAGCCCGCACACAUCUCGCAAAGCCCUGCUCCCUACAUCUCACAGUCUCUGCCCCAGAGUCCUCUUCUCGGUGGCUACCCCCGACGGGUGGCAAGCCACAGCCGCCAGCGCGUUCAAACCAUCAACGAAGAAAUCCCCCCCAUGCGUGACUUGAGCAGUAACAGCGACACUGAGAGUGGCAGCGACAAUGGUUCAGCUAACCGAUCGGCGAACAAGACCAUCCCUGUACUCGGCAGACUCGGCGUGUACUGCGCGGGCGUCAAGUUCCCUGGCUUCGAUGCGCCGGCCGCAAAGAAGUUUAACCACAUCUUUUCCUUCAUGGAGUCGAGCUUUUCCAAAAACUCACGCUCCAAGGACGAGAAGAUGUCGCUCAACAUUCACAACAUGCGCUACCUGAUGCGUGUCUACCCUGACGGCACCCGCCUGGCCUCCAGCAAUUUUGAUCCCCUCAUCUACUGGCGACGCGGUGUCCAGAUGGCUGCUCUCAACUGGCAGACGUUUGACCUAGGCAUGCAGCUCAACCGCGCCAUGUUUGAUGGCGGCCGCGACUCGUCUGGCUACGUACUCAAGCCUCCAGAGCUGCGCGAUAUUCAGGUCCUUCCCUACAACUCAGACAUUGCCCGCGGCAAAAAGGAGCGCUCUGUCGUCUCCUUUUCUAUCGAUAUGCUCUCCGCCCAGCAGCUGAUGCGGCCAGCCAACCUCGCGGUCAGUAAGUCGAUGGACUUUUAUGUCGAGGUCGAAGUCUUCCACGCCAACGACAAGCGUGACAAGAAGGAAGAGCCCCUUGAUGGCGACCGAGAGACAAACACGCCCCUCAAGUUCCAGACGGAAGUCAUUCGCGAGAAUGGCUUCUCGCCCAUGUUCAUGUCGGGCCAGUUCAAGUUCAAGGUCGUGACCAAGCACCCGGAGCUGGUUUUUGUGCGCUGGUCGGUCAAGUUGUCCAACGACGGCGAGAGCUACAGCACCAAGGAUCGCCCGCCAAUUGCAAGUUACACGGCCAAGCUGUGCAACCUCAAAAAGGGCUUCCGCACGCUGCCGCUGCUCAACCACGCCGGUGAUCAGUACCUAUUUUCGACACUCUUUUGCCGCAUCCAGAUGGACGACAUUGAAAAGACGCUCAUUGACGGGCCGCGCCCGCAACCUGACGGCAGCAAGCUGAAUCGCCUCGGCGGCAAGGUGUUUGGACGCAGCAACACGAGCCCGCGAAGCACCAUUGAAAAGCCGAGCAUGGAAAAGACGAGCUUUGAAAGCUACAGCUAG